CGUACGACACGAACACGAACACGAACACAAAUGGGCAAUGACUAACUUUGGACCGAUUACAAAAUUGGCGGUCAACAUCGGCAAAGGAGAAACACGCAUCAGUUAUGGAAAUGCCUCCACAUGUGUGAUCUAUGCGAAUCCCUCGGGGCUUGCCUUCCCUGGGGGAAUGAUGGAUCCUAGUCUAAUCAGCGAUCCCUAUAUGCAAGACAAUCGAUAUCGCCCGGAGUCCUUCCUACAACGACACUUCCCUCUUCUGGCUAAGCGGCUACCCAAUUUAAUGGGUAUCACUGCCCCGGAUUCCAGUGAAGUAGAAGACCCAGUUAACAAGGAUGUCGUCUGGUAUACUUGGCACUCGGAGGAAGUUGAAAAGCUCGAGCCACAGCGGGACGAGUUCAUAGAAUGGAAAGCUCCAGAGACAGGUACUGUAAAGAUCUUCAAUCGGUUUUGGCAUUUGCAGAACUGCUUUCCCAAGAAACGUCUCAGCUAUAAGUCGGAGUCGCCCAAGUGCUAUUGUCUGAAAAUAAAGAAGAUCACGGACCACAUUAAAGAUCUCAUUGCCUCGGAACUGCCGGAGUAUCAACCAGUUGAUGACGCGUCGAAGCCUCAUGUUUUUGACACCAAAAUCAAGGAGGUGAACGACUCGCUCAAGCAACUGCAUGAUCUCCUGGAGCUCCAGGAGCAAUGCAAUCGAAACCAGCUACUCCGUACAAGAGGGAGUCCGUGUCCCAAUAAAAAUAAAUCAUUUCAUUUGGUGUGCUGACACGAUGAUGUCUGCGUAAUUGUAUUUAAUUUGUUAAAACAUAGUAUCUGUCAUACAUACAUAGUACAUCCAUAUAGAUAUUCGAUAUUCGGGU